CACCCUUACGACUACUUCGAUACACAAGAUGCCUCUUGUAGUUCCCGGUCUACAGUCCAAGGACGGCAAGGACGACUGGAUGGGCAAGCUCAUGGGCAAGUCUCUCGGCGACACGCACAACGAGACCGUACGUUCCCCAUACUAUCGCCUAUUGUCCGCUCUUCCCACUACCCUGUGCAUGCAAGUGCCGCGCAGUGGAGGCGAGUCACAGUUUGUUAGACAAGCGAGUGCUGAUAAGUUCGAUCAGACCUUCGCAAAGCAGGACCUUCCCAAAGAGCACCGCGUACUCAAGCCCGACAGCAUGAGCACGAUGGACCACAAGCCUGAGAGGCUGAACAUUCACGUUGGCGAGGAUGGGACUGUGCAGAACGUCCGAUAUGGUUAGGUGAUUACCACGACCACGA